AUGCCUGGCCCUCUCUCCCUGUUUUCCGUCAAUGCGGUUCUCGUCAUGUCCGCGGACGACGGGUCCCGAAUUUUCACGAAGUACUACUCCGCUCCUCACCCCCCGGCCGGGACUGCACCCAAUUCGACCGAUUACCCUGGCGCCAACCCGUACCCCACUGUCAAGGAGCAACGGGCAUUCGAGAAGGGUCUGCUGGAGAAGACCAACAAGUCAACCAGCGAUGUGAUCUUGUACGAUAACCGAAUCGUUGUCUUCAAGCAGGAGAGUGACGUUAUGCUCUAUGUCGUGGGAAGCGCCGACGAGAACGAAGUACUACUUUACAACGUGGUUCUGUCCUUGCGCGAUGCCCUGGGAAUCCUGUUCAAAGGCGCAACUGACAAGCGCACAAUUGUUGAAAACUACGAUCUCGUUUCCCUCACUAUCGACGAGAUCGUCGACGACGGAAUUAUUCUCGAAACAGACCCUGUCCUGAUUGCCUCGCGGGUCAGCCGGGCGCCCGCUGCCGAUGCACCAAAUAUGAAGAGCAUUGACCUCUCUGAGCAAGGUUUGCUGAAUGCGUGGGAGUUUGGCAAACGGCGUCUGGCCGAGGGUCUUCGCCAAAUGUAA